AAAUGCAGAAAACUUCGCUGAUCCGCCAAUAUGUAGGAGGACAAAAAAGGAAUAACUCCUCACAGUACUGCUUAUCUUACUUUUUUGGAUCAGAGCUUGUUUUUACCCCGUUGCUAUUCAGAUUAAAUACAGACGUUGCUUUUGAAACGUUUUGAGCAGCGACGAAGUGCGGUUCGUGUAUGGAGGCCACACCGAAGAAUGUCUUAUCUAAGUCGGUAUAUUGUUCACCGUCGAGUCCGUGUGGGUCCAGUGAGACGCCUCAGCAGAAGCUGAGCUCCUCCCUGAAGGUGCGUCUGAAGAGAACGCGGCGCUCCUUCACUUCGCCCUUCUCCGUGGCCAAGCGCCUCUGUGUGGACGAGGAGGACGGCCAACAAGUUCCGGCACAUUCCCGGAUUGCGGGUGAUGAUGAUGAUAAAAAUCCCCCACUUAUCAGUCUGUCUGUUGGCGCCAACUACCAGGAAGCCACACCUGGGAGUGAAAAGUUUUCCAGGAGGAUUCCUGGACCAGCGCACUCUCACCUUGAAGAUCUUGCGCAACGACGGGAGCGGCUCAGCAAGGAGGUGAAGGUCAAGACGGAGACGUUACGCCGAUUGAGAAUGGUUAAGAUGUACAGGAGCAAGAACAACCUGGCGCAGCUUCAAAUCUUGAUCGACAAGUGGCGGAGUUGUGCUCAGAAGGCGUUGCGUGAGCUUCAGUCGGACGCCCGUGUGGAGGGACGCGAGGCCAGCCUGUCUGAAGUCAUUGACCUCUUUGGUCUGGAUGAGAAAAUGCUGCACUUUAAUCGCACGGAAGAGGACUUUGCAUCCUGAAUGUGCUUUCAAACAUAUUCAGGUGCAACCCAAUGAAUUAGAAUAUCCGGGAAGCCUUGGAUGACUAUACUGAAAACGCUAAAUUUACUUUUAAAUUAGACCGUGACAAUCAAAAUUAAUUUCAUUUCAAAUCAGGUAGGAAUUGGCCUUUUAAACAUUCUUUUCCGAUGUCUUCAAUUUCAUCCAUAGCAUGCACAAGUUUAACUUUUUGAAUAAAUGCACUUUUCUACCAUUUCGAUGCGCCAACUUGAUGUAAGCCAUACAGUAGGAAAAAAAAAAU